AUGAAUCGCGACGGCUCAUGGUCUCUCGGCUCCUCCGGUAACGGUGGAAGCGGAAGAGGCAACGGAAACGACGUUCCCGGUGGAUAUUAUCCUCAGGCGAAUCCUAUGUUUUCCAAUUUCAAUCUCCAACAACAACAACAACCUAUUAGAUACCCUCUUCCUCCUCAGUUUCCAGCGAAUUUUUACCGUCCUAACUUCCCUGACUUCUCCUUCGGAAACCCUAAUUUCCAUACCCAGCAGAAUCUCAACUUCCAUCAUCCACAAAUCCCUCACCAAUUCGGCUCUGGUGCGAAUGUUUUCCUUCAAUCCCAUGGGCAAAGCUACUCUUUCCCUCCCGAUAUUGAUACCAGUGUCUCUCAGAACCGUGAAGCUUUCGAUAGCUCUUCGUUGAAACGAAGACGCCAAGAGGUCAUACAGGGGACUGAUGUUGUCGUCAAAGAGGCCCCUAAAGCUCUUGGUGAGAGUGAUAAUUCCUUUAGCGCCCGAUUAGUCAUUGAUGAGAGUGGUGGGUCUCGAGUACAUGGAGGGAAAGGAUCUUCGGAGAAGUCUUCGUGUAAGCCGAAACAACGCAAAGUAGAAGUCAUGCGAAUUGAUAAAGCUGUUAAUAAGACUCGUAAAUCAGUUGUUGCUGCUGGUGAGAGUGUUUCUUCGACUAGAGUGUCGAGAUCGGUUUUAGAAGAACUUCAGGCUGAUUCUUGGCGUUCCUUGGGUGUGCAAAUGCAAGAUGUUCCUUCCCUUCGUCAACUUAUGGCCCUUGAAGGCAAGAUCAAUGCGUUUAUUCACUGCUUCGUUGGGGCUAGAAGAAUCGUGACCCUGCAUGAUUUGGAAAUGGCAAUAUGCCGAAACGAGUUUGUUGAUUCUUUCGAAGAUUUGGAAUUGGGGCCUUUGCUGCAGCAUCCACUUGUCUUGCUCUAUUUUCCAUCCAUAUCCAGCUCUACUGGCCCAGUUAAGAUCACUAGUGAGGAGAUAAUAUCGUUUCUUGAUAGCUAUCUUAACACUUAUGAUAUAGACGAUGUUAAGCUCGACGAAUUCCUGAAUUUUGUUGCUGAGAAAAAAUCAGUUACAAACAAGGAAAAGCUUGGUGUGCGUAUUCAAAGCUUGCGGAUGUAUGUAUCUUUCAUUCAAGAUGCAAAGAGACAAGAAGGUCAAACAUUGAAAAUCUUACUGACUGAUCUGCAUCAAAAGUAUCAGAUCCUCUCAUCAAAGAAACCACGGCAAGAUAAAUCCCUUACUGUCUCUGAGCGUGCUGACUCAUUUGCUUUACAUCAUAAGGAUUAUUGUGGCAAGCAUACAAGAUUUUAUUCAUCAAGUUCAGAUGACAAUGAUAGUGUUGAUGAUGAGCUUGAAAAUCGUAAUAACUCUGACCACAUCAGUAGUUGUCCAUAUCCCUCUGUUGCAGAAGAGAUGAAGCGGAUUGGGGGUUCCAAUAAAAAAAGGAAGGCUAAAAAUAGUAAUCAUGAAAAAUCUGAUUCGUCCAAACUGCUUAAGAAAGGCUGCUCUAAAUUACGUAGAGGACAUGAGAAACAAGAGCUACCUAAACCGGCUGAUGAUUCUAAUGCUAAGCAGGUUUUCAGUGUCGAUGAGGCUGAUUUCACACUUACUGAAGGAGCAUUGAGAUUGUUCAUUUCAACUUGGAAGGACACAUGUAAAGAGCUAAGCAUUUCAACGGUGGUACGAGCUCAGACUAAAAGAGCUAAAGCGAUGUCAUCAUUUCCAUUUGUUGGAUUACUGAAUGUCGCUGUAACCUCAAUGAGACGUGGAAUGUGGGAUAGUAUAUAUGAUAAUCUGCAAAUGACGAGCCAAGGUGAUGCGACCAAUCCAGGCUCAGAAAAUCAAGUAGAUGAUGUUGAGCCGAGUGAAAACAGUGAGUUAAACAAAACGCAACAUGUUGUGCCUCCAAAACACAGUAAUGUUGAAGAAAUUAUCAGAAGACUUUCCUUGUAUUUUGAGCAUGAUCUUUCUGGAGAGAAGUACAUUAGUAUCUUUAGGAAGCUACAGACUUGCGAGGGUUUAUUGGCAGAGCAAUUUCAAGUACAGGAUUUCGAGUCUCUUGGUUGGGGUGGGUUUUUCACUUUCUUGGAGAAACAUAUGUUGCUGCUACCAACACAACUUCAAAGGUUUCUAGGUAGAGAAUCACGGGAAGAGUUUCCUCUGGAGGUCCACGUGAAUGAGAACCUGUUGACCCUAUUGCUAUCACAAGCUCGUGAAUUUUCAGGUGGUAAUGUAUUAUCUAGACAGAUGGUAGCUCGACUGCUUGCAGAACAAUUUCCAUCAAUCAAUUUCAAGGUUGUAGGAAAAGAUUCAGAGGAAAACUUAACUGAAAUCAUUGGUAGCAACAUGAAGAAAUCUGGUUCUAAGUGUGUCCUCUUUUCUGCAACAUUGUUGGGAGCUGAAAACUCUUUAACCAGUAAGCAUUUAGAAGAAUCCCUGCCUCUGGGAAAUGAUACUGAAUCAAGAAGCAGGCCUCUUAGUGCUGUUUCGUCCAAAGAGGUUUUAGAUGCUUUGCUUAGGGUGCCGUUGUUGUCAGACUUGAACUCAUGGUGUCACUGGGAUCUUAAGUUUGCUCCAUACUUUGGUCCUCUUAUGGGGUGUCUGAGUGAGAUUAAUUCAAAAGAUCUGUUGUGUCUAGUGACAAAGGAUGGUAAGAUUAUCCGGACGGAUCCUUCUGCAACAGCUGAUUCAUUCUUAGAGGCUGCUCUUCAAGGAUCUGCUUACCGUACUGCUGCACAGUUAUUGUCGUUGAUAUCAUUGCAUGGACGAACACAUCUGCCAUUUUCCCUUCUAAAAUGCUAUGCAAGGCGUGCAUUUGAAGUUUUUUUAAAUAACCAUUCCGAGGAGACGGAGCUAAAAGAUAGGAAUUCUCUUGUCCAAAAAAUGAUAGUAGAACAGAAAACAAAAGUGGAUAAAAGUGACUGUGCUGCCUCAAAGUUUUUUCUUGAUUGUCUGGGCUAUCUACCUGGGGAGUUUCACAGUUUAGCUGUUGAUAUCUUGCUAUCCGGACUUCGUUCUGUUGUUAAAGAUGCUCCUUCAAGAGUUUUGUCUGCAUGCGAGCACACAGAGCAACGCAUCAUGCUGCAUGAUGUUGGAUUGCUGCUAGGCAUUGUUGAAUGGAUUAAUGAUUACCAGAAGUUUUGCUCUUCAUUUUCGCCAAACUCUGCAAUAGUGGAAAAUGCUUCAUCCAACAUAGAUUCUGGCACAGCUUUUGUGCAAAAAGAAUUGGAGGACCUUCAUGCAGAACAAGGAUGCAUGAUCGUGUCCGAGAAGUCGGGUGAAUAUAAUAAAGAACCUCAUGAAUCUUAUCACACUUUUGGUGGUCCUGGGGAUUUAUCUGAUUCUGUCGGGGAGGCUUUCACCCAGACUCCAGCUGAGGUUCAUGACAAUCCAGCCUCUGUUAUUGAUUCAAUCAGACUGGAUGAGUUUGGGCUGGAUUCAAGUUCUUCUGGUGCUGAGACGAGUAUGCUACAGAAACAACAUGCUCGGUUAGGAAGAGCACUUCAGUGUUUGUCUCAGGAAUUGUAUUCUCAAGAUUCACACUUUAUUCUUGAACUCGUUCAAAAUGCUGAUGACAACAAGUACCCUGAACAUGUGGAACCCACACUCACAUUCAUUCUUCAGAAGACUGGGAUUGUUGUUUUGAACAACGAGUGUGGCUUUAUGCCUGAGAACAUUCGGGCCCUGUGUGAUGUUGGCCGAUCAACAAAGAAAGGAUCUGGUGGAUACAUAGGGAAGAAAGGAAUUGGCUUCAAGUCAGUGUUUCGGGUUUCUGAUGCUCCUGAGAUCCACUCAAAUGGUUUCCAUUUCAAGUUUGAUAUAAGUGAGGGUCAGAUUGGAUAUAUUUUACCGACUGUUGUGCCUCCUCAUGAUAUUGAAUCGCUUAGCAGCAUGUUAUCUGGCCGUGCUAUACAACUGAAGGAUGCAGGAUGGAACACAUGCAUUUCACUUCCUUUCAGAGCCAUUGAUUCCGAAAGAACAACAAUGGAUCACAUUGAACCUAUGUUUUCAGACCUUCAUCCUUCGUUAUUACUCUUCCUACAUCGCCUCCAGUGCAUAGUAUACAGAAACAUGCUUGACAAUUCUCUCUUGGUCAUGAGGAAAGAGGUUGUGAGUAAGAAUAUUGUAAAGGUUUCAUGUGGGGAAAAUAGCAUGACAUGGUUCGUGUCGUCAGAAAACUUGAAGGCUGCCAAUCUUCGUGAUGGCGUUGAGUCAACUGAGAUUUCCAUAGGAUUCACCCUUGAUAUGCUGGAAGAUGGAACUUACAGAUCAUGUAUGAUUCAAGAACCCGUUUUUGCUUUUCUUCCUUUAAGAACUUAUGGUUUGAAAUUUAUUAUACAAGGGGAUUUCAUUCUUACAUCCUCAAGGGAGGAUGUUGAUGAGGAUAGUCCUUGGAACCAGUGGUUGUUGUCAGAGUUUCCAGGUUUGUUUGUGGGUGCUCUAAGGUCUUUCUGCAGUCUUCCUUCUUUCACCCAGAAUCUCGGUAAAGCUGUGUCUUCAUACAUGCAACUUGUACCUCUCAUUGGUGAAGUGCAUGGAUUCUUCUCUUCUCUUCCUCGUUCUAUUAUAUCUAGAUUGAGAACAACGAAUUGCUUUCUGCUUGAGGGAGACAGUGAAGAAUGGGUUCCUCCUUGCAAGGUUUUAAGAAACUGGAAUGAAAAGAUAAGGGUUCUUCUUAAGGAUGGAUUGCUUCAGGAGCAUCUUGCUCUGGGUUUUCUGGACAAAAAUAUAGUUUUGUCAGAUUCCCUGUCAAGGGCACUGGGAAUUGAAGACUAUGGACCUAAAACUUUGGUGCAGAUUCUUUCUUCAUUGAGCCACAAGAAAGAUUGUCUGCAAUCGAUGGGCUUUGCCUGGUUAUCUUCUAUUCUUACUGAACUUUACUUUCUAUUCCGUUCUUCUGGGCAUGGUAAUGUAGAGCUUGGUAUAGAGAAAAAUCUUAUAGACGGGCUUCACAAGGUCCCAUUUAUUCCACUGUCAAAUGGUAAGUUCACCUCUUUAGAUGAAGGUGCAGUAUGGUUGCACCAUGACACCAGUGGGUUUGAUCUGGGUGAUGUAUUUGAAGCAUUUCCAACAUUAUAUGGAAAUCUCCGAACCAUUGAUCCUUCCCUUCUUUUGGCAUCUUCUGUUGAUGAAAAAUCCACCGCGGAUGACCUCGUAAACAUGCUUUGUGCAAUUGGCGUUCAAAAGCUGUCAGCACAUGAAAUCAUCAAAGUGCAUAUAUUACCAGCCUUUGAGGCGGGGAGUAGAAGUGCGCCGGAGGGUUUGAUGAUAGAUUAUUUAUGCUUUGUGAUGACACAUCUACGAUCUGGCUGCCAUGUUUGUCUCAACGAGAGGAAGUACAUUAUUUCUGAGUUGAGAAGCAAAGCUGUGAUAUUAUCAAAUUUUGGGUUGAAACAGCUAGCUGAGGCUUCGAUUCAUUUCGGUGAAGAAUUUGGAAACCAGGUUAAUUUGAAGAAGCUUACCAAAAACUUGGAUUUAUUGUGGCAUGUGGUUGAUGGUACCUACUUGACACAUCCAGCAUCAAAAUAUUAUGCAUGCGGAUUGAAGGAGUGGCGGAAUUUUUUUCAAGAGAUUGGAAUAGCUGAUUUUGUUCAAGUGGUUCAAGUUGAAAAGAGUAUUGCAGAAUUCUGUUCUGCUUCACGUUGUGAAAAGUAUAAUUCCAACUUGUUAUCUCCUGAAUUAACUGUUAGAGACUGGGAAUCCCCCGAACUAGUUGAUCUCUUGUCUACCUUGCACAAAAGUAAUGGCCGAAAAGGUUGCAAGUAUCUUUUGGAAGUCCUUGAUAUACUGUGGGAUGAUUGCUAUAAUGAAAAAGCAACUGUUAACUAUAAUUCGGGUAUGAAUGGUGUCAUCAGAUCAUCAGGAUCUUCAUUUAUGAGGGUAAUUUGUGAUACUGAAUGGAUAGUUUCAAGCAUGGACAACAGAUUGCAUCUUGCGAAAGACCUCUAUCAUGAUUGUGAUGAUGUGCAAUCAAUACUUGGGACAAAUGCUCCGUAUGCAGUUCCGAAGGUUACAAGUGUCAAGUUACUUAAUGAUAUCGGUUUUAAGACCAAAGUUUGCCUCGAUGAUGCUCUGGAAAUCCUAGAAGCUUGGGUAAACUGUGGAGACUCUUUCAAAUCAAGCAUCUCUCAGAUUACCAAAUUUUACAAAUUUCUGUGGAAUGAAAUGGCUGAUUCAAAGCAGAAAAUUACUGAAAAGCUCCAUGCUCUCCCUUCUGUAUUUGUCCCACACAAAAUUGGAAGUAGGCUGAAUGAUACGAUAUCUGGAAUCUUCUUGCCACUUGAUGAUGUUUACUGGAAUGAUUCUGCUGGCGUUUUAGAUGAGAUAAAAGACAUCAGUUCGCAGAUCAGCAGUGUUGUGGAGUCAUUGCAUAGGAAAACAUUGUGCAAUAUCUAUCCAGGUCUCCAUGACUUUUUUGUGAAUGGUUGUGGAGUACCUGAGGCACCUUCUUUUCAAGAGUACCUUAAAAUUCUAGGGCAGUUCGCACAUUAUGUGUCACCCUUAUGUGCUGCCAAGGCUGUCUUCACAAUUUUCCUGAAGUGGAGUGAUGACUUGAAAUCUGGCAAAUCUUCUGAAGAUGUUGUUCGUUUAAAAGAGAGACUUUCAGAACUCGAGUACACUGUGCUUCCUACUGAAAAUGAUAAGUGGGUUUCCCUACACUCCUCGUACGGUCUUGUCUGCUGGUGUGAUGAUGAGAAGUUGAAGAAGAGAUUUAAAAAGAAGGAGAAUAUUCAGUUUAUUUACUUUGGGGAAAAUGCUGACGAAGAGCAAGAAGUGCUUCAAACAAAAGUGUCUGUGCUGAUGCACAGGUUAGGCAUUCCAAGUAUUUCUGAGGUGGUAAAGCGUGAAGCGAAAUAUGAAGGUCUGCAAGAUAAUAGCAUAACAGUUUCACUUGUGAACUGGUCUCUGCCUUAUGCUCAGCGAUAUAUCUUCACUCUACAUCAUGAUAAGUAUAACCAAACAAAAAAGACUGUCUAUAGUCAAGUCAAGCGUCUACAAGUCUUUGUUGUUGAGAAGUUAUGCUAUAGGAAUGUCAUACCGCAAUAUGAAAUUAGCUCUAAAAAAGAGUUCAAAUGCAGCUCUCUUUUGCAGGAUAAAGCUCUGUACACAACACCACAUCUGGAUUCCCAUUCUUUGUUCAUGGAACUGUCUUGUUUGUUUUUCAACGGAGCUCCUAAUCUGCAUUUGGCAAAUUUCCUUCACUUGAUAAAAACAAUGGCAGAAUCUGGGUUGAGCGAGGAGCAAAUGGAAUCAUUCAUUCUUAACAGUCAAAAAAUUCAGAAGAUCCCCGACGAUGAAAAUAUCUGGUCCUUAAAAUCUGCUCUGAAAGCGAAAAAGAAAGCUGGAAUAAGCUUGAGCUGGUUACCGUCAAGUUCCAAAACAGGACAUGGUUCUAGCGAGGCCCACGAUGAUGCUAAACAAAAGCUGACCAGAGGUCAGGUUAGUAGCAGCGAAGAGGAUGUAACAGAGGCUCUUGAGGAACAAGUACCAAUUGAGCUCACCGAUACAAACUUGGUUGCUAGAUAUGAUAAUUGUGCAGGGACAAGUUCACAAGCUAGUAUGCCAAACCCGUUGCAUUCUAUGCAUAUGAAGAGUGGCUCAACCUCCGGGAAUAAGGCUUCUUUUAACCUCAAUCCAAAUCUUCUUCAUGAAUGGAACAACGCCGUCUCAACUGACUUCAGCGAAAGAGAUCAGCUUCAUACCGGCACGCCUUGGGCUGCACAGGCGCAACAGACGGGUAGAAAAGGUGAAGAAAUUGCUUACAGAUACUUUCUUGCAAAAUACGGCAAGGAGGCUCUGGUUAGAUGGGUUAAUGAACAGAGCGAAACCGGGUUACCUUAUGACCUAAUGAUCGAGAACCGAGGUGGCAAGAAAGAGUACGUAGAGGUGAAAGCAACGGUGUCUACACGGAAAGACUAUUUCAAUUUGACAGUGAGGGAAUGGCAAUUUGCAAAUGAGAAAGGAGAAAGUUACAUAAUUGCUCAUGUUUUGUUAGGCAACAGUAACGCAAUACUUACACAGCAUAGGAACCCUGUCAAACUAUGUCAAGAAGGUCUUCUCCGGUUACUGAUCCUCAUGCCCAACCAGCGAAACGAGGUCAACGUUACAUUUUAA